AUCCAGUUUCUAGUCACUGCAGUGACACUUAGACACUUGGCUUUAUCUUGCUCCCGAUGUGAUUGUUAAGAUACAUGCUAUACCCGUCAUGGCUAUUUUCAAAAAUGUCCUCAUCCUUUGUCAGCUUCUUCCAUUAGUGAGGACCAUAAAUACCAUAUUUUUCCCAUGUGACACUGAUUGGAAUACCACCACAGUAGACUGCUCUGACAGACCACUCAAGUGUGUCCCCUUCAUCAAGUCUACUACUGUGGUGUCCCUCAAUUUAAGUCAGACUAAGAUACAUGAAGUGGGGCAGGAUGCUUUGUCGGGGGUCCCAAACCUUCACACUCUGAAAAUAAUGGGGAAUUGUCAACCAGACCGCCUGGAAGCUCUGGAGGACCGCUCAUGCCAAAUGGAGAUCCACUAUUAUGCAUUCAAGAGCCUAUUGAAGCUUCAAUGUCUGUAUCUGUCAGGAAACAGCCUCACCUCUGUUCCCUGGUUACCUGAAAGCUUGAGGUUUCUUGACCUGCAGAAUAAUCGCAUCAUCAACAUUGACAACCCUUUAAAUACUCCACAUCUCGAAGAGCUCCUCCUCACCAAGAACUGCUUUUAUGCAAACCCUUGCAAUCAGUCCUUAAGCAUCAGCGAGAGGGUUUUCAGAGGGCUCCCAAAACUCAAAAACUUUACUUUAGGGUAUAAUAAUUUCACAGCUGUCCCAAAAGGGCUGCCACCCUCACUGGAGAGUCUGGAUUUAAGGGAGAAUACAAUCACAGAGGUCUUAGAAAGAGCAUUUGCCAACCUGACUCUCCUUAGGUAUUUGAAUUUGGAGUGGAACUGCCAGCGAUGUGACCAUGCAGCCAGACCCUGCUUUCCUUGCCCACAAAAUCUCCCUCUACGCCUAAACCCAUACUCCUUCUAUGCUAAGAACAGCUCCAUCACCUUCCUCAGUUUGAGAGGAAACUCUCUGAAAACCUUGCCAGAGGGUCUUUUCUGGCCUUUGAAGAAUUUAAAGGGAUUGGAUCUCUCUGACAACCUCCUGGCAUAUGUUAUACGUAAUGGCACCUUCUUUGCAGAGCUGAAGGGUCUCACUUGGAUUAGCCUUAUCUAUAACUAUGAACCACUGAAGACAUUUCAGGAACUGAUCCUCUCCCCACAUAUUGGCAAUAUGUCUGAUCUGCAAUGUCUUCUUCUGAGUGGUAACUUUUUCCACAAGCUUUCAAAUGAGAGUCUUAAUGUUGUGUCUAAACUACAAACUCUAACAAAACUAGAACUAAGAAUGAACUUUAUCAAUACUUGUAACUUGACAUCUCUGAAGCAGUUACCAUUUCUGAUCGAUAUUGACCUCUCCCAAAACAUGCUUAAUUUCAGUCCCUGCUGCUCGAGUUUCUCCUCUGAGAUUGUGGAACAAGAAAGCUGUCAGAACCAGAAAUUGUACACACAGAAUUUUCCUGACCCAGCCCUUAGACUAAUAGAUCGAAAAGCCACAUCUGGAAGUGAUACCUGGGAAUCCAACCAUUCAAACAGGCUGGAAUUGUUAGAGGACAAUGUGUUCCAAUCUCUAUUAGACUUUAAACACAUUUUCUGCCGUGGUAAACUGCUGUUUGACCUGUCUCAAAAUGACAUUCUGUCUAUUAACAGAAAGGUGUUUUUGGGGAUGGAAAAUGCUGUUUGUUUAGACCUUUCCUUCAAUUACAUGAGCCAGGCAUUAAAGAGUGGGCAAUUUGAAAGCAUGAAAAAAUUAGUUGUUCUCAUCUUGUCAUACAAUAGACUUGAUUUUUACUAUAAAGAUGUUUUCAGUGAGCUUAAAACCACACUGAAAGUAUUAGACGUCAGUAACAAUGAAUUUCACUUCAACAUGAAGGGCAUGGGUCAUCGUUUGGAGUUCCUUCAACAUUUGACAAACUUGGAAGUUUUAAGUCUGGCAAACAAUGGCAUUGGGAUGCGAAUAGAUCAGAGGCUUAUUAGCAGCUCUUUGAAGUACCUCUACUUCUAUGGAAAUCACCUUGACAUUAUGUGGGAUUCUGAAAACAACAAAUACACUAAUUUCUUUCAAAACCUUACACACCUCACCUACCUUGACAUCUCUAACAAUGAUCUGAGGUCAGUCUCCCCAGAAGUGCUGUGUAACCUCCCAGGAAGCAUAGAGACUCUUAGCGUCAGCAUCAAUUUUCUGAACUAUUUCCCGUGGCAAAACAUCUCGGUACUCACCAAUUUAUGUCAUUUGAAUCUUAGUCAAAACUCCCUGUUGUAUUUGCCUCAUAAAGUCAUAGAAUUUGGAGUUAAUUUUUCUCUUUUAGACCUAAGUCACAAUCGCCUCAGUCAGAUUCCUGAGGAUUUCUUCAGUAUGGCAAAAUCCUUGCACUACCUGUAUCUCAGCCACAAUCAGAUCAAAGUGUUGAACCACCAGUUUCUCCCUGCCCCCUUUAAAAAUAGUAGUGCCCUCCAGAAACUCACCCUGCAUGCCAAUCCCUUUAAAUGUGACUGUGAUACAUCUUGGUUUGCGGACUUCUUGCGUACAACUCCGGUACAGAUUCCAUAUCUCACCACACAUGUACACUGUGAUUACCCAGAGUCCCAGCAGAGCAAGAGUGUACUCUCUAUGGACCAGCGUUCCUGCCAGGACAUAUAUGGUAGCUUAGCCUUCGUCGUCUGUUCCUUCUUUGCUGUGGCGUUCACUGUUCUGCCCCUACUGAAGCAUCUCUAUGGCUGGGAUCUGUGGUAUUGCUUACAGGUACUCUGGGCGGAACAUAAAGGCUACUCCCAGCUUGCUGGUAGUGAUUUGCAUUAUCACUACGACGCCUUUGUGGUGUUUGACACCCAGAACCAAGCUGUGAGGGAUUGGGUCUACAAUGAGUUAACUGUCAAUCUGGAGAAAUCAGGUCCCAGGAGGUUUGGGCUCUGUUUGGAGGAGAGGGACUGGAUUCCUGGGCUUUCAUGUAUUGAAAAUCUACAUAAUGCUGUCCACUGCAGUGUGAAGACAGUGUUUGUGCUGUCCAGUGGUGUCACUGGUGGUGAAACAGUGAAUGGUGUGAUCCGCCAGGCAUUCUUCAUGGUCCAGCAGCGGCUUCUGGACGAGAAGGUGGAUGUAGCCAUGCUGGUUCUGUUGGAUGAGACGUUUCCCAAACUGAAGUACCUUCAGCUGAGAAAACGGUUGUGCAAAAAGUCUGUGUUGUCCUGGCCGAGAAACCCAAGGUCUCAACCCCUUUUCUGGAACCGAAUGCGAAUGUCGUUGUCCUCAGAUAACCUGAAAUUCUAUGACAACAAUAUGAGUGAAAGUUUUAUAUGACUUCCUUGCUAAUAGAGAGCACUUUGGUGAAAAAAGCCCUCGUUAAGAAUCUCUCCAUUGCAUUUUUACCCUUUUUAAUUGUGUUGCAUAUGUAAUUAUACUAGGUUGAUGUUUUUAAUAUGUAACUAUAUAUUGCUUUAGAUUAAAGGUCAUAUAUAUGGGAUUCAGAGCAUUAACAAAGUGCAAACAACUCUUUGUAAUGUAAUGAUAUAGUGGAAUUGUGGCUACUUGUGCAGAGAAUGAAGUCCCUCUCCUUCUUUGUGUGUUGUAAUCUGAGGUUCUCUGUGCUUUGUUAACAUAGCCGGGCGGCCGCAGGGCAUUUUAGCACAUUUGCGUCUCUGUUGUGCUCCACCGUUAGCUGCAGUUACCACCGUUAGCUGCAAUUAGCACCGUUAGCUGCUACCUGCCGGCGGAGCAUCACCAUGUAGAGGCAGCAGAUAGGCUCUGAAUUACGUAUUGAGUACCUUUUUUAAAAAGUAACCACUCUUCCAUGUGCUGUAAAUAUUUUACUUUGUAUGUUCUGUUUUAUAUUACAAAAUAUGAUGUUGAUUCUUUUAAUGUCUUCAGAGAGCUCGGGCUAGGUAGAGAAAUGUUGCUAUUGUUGGCUGCAAAUGUACAUUGUAUUUAGGCAUUAAUAUUGGAAAAUACAUUUGACUUGAUUUUCCUAGGGUACUUCUAUUUCAAGUAUUACAAAAAAGUAAUGCGUUUGUUUGACAAACACCCCCACCCGCAAUCUCAAAAUGUCACUUCUCUUUUGUUUGAUAUUUAAGAGGAAACAAAACUGAUAAUCAUUCCAUACAGGUCACAGAUUAUCUACAGCUGCGUCUUUUGCUACACUCACUCAUUUCUCAUGACAUUUAAAUUGUGACACAUCUGGCUACACCAAUUUUCAGGGCAAAGAAGUUUUACAAAAAGAAUACUGCAAACUCCUGACCAAAAUAAAAAUCUGUUAUAAAUGACAGAUGUACAUUGAAAACAAAAACAUGCUUUUGCACGGCCCAUCUAUUUACUAACUACGUGUGGGCUGAGAUUUGUUUAAUUUUUUGACCUGGGAAUUCCAUCUGACAAAACACUAUCACAAUUCUGAGAGUGAAACUCAAGAGUUAUUCUUGCUCAUUUCCUGGGUGAGUUAUAUUAAGUGAAUGAUCAGCUGCAGUCUCCUAACUUUCUCAAAGAGCAAUCGAAGUUGCUCAAGGUGCACAGUUUACAGAUUAUUACAGUUUGGGGCUAAAUCCAAUGGUGGUGUAAUUUUAUGUAAUUUCCUAUGUAUCAGCUUUUCAUAGCAGUUAUUAAACUUGCCUUAUGGCUUUAAAUGUGGCUACUGGUGUCUGUAAGGGUCUGGCAUGUGUGGC